AUGCGGUUACGGGGAGCGCAGUUUAGGCAAGACACGAGGGUAUCAUCAUCAUGGCGUGAUGUAGGACACAUUACAAUGGAAUUAGCCGGUAAACAGGCAAGCUGUUCCCGGAUGCUGCUCAGGACCGGCGCGAGUCCUCAGAGACUCAUCAAACAUCAAACUUAUGAAAUGAACGUUUUGCACCGAGUGAAGCCUCUGUUCAUUAGCCAGCACCAUCUCGCUGCAGCCGAGGUUUUCGUUUUCAUCGCCAUACUUGAGAUGCCCCGUCGCUCGCACACAGCAGGGGAACUCCCUGUCAACAUCAUUCCCGUGCCUGAAUCAACACGAAAUUAUCCCCGCGUCUACACCAAUGAGCUCGCAAAUCAACACCUGCAAACUCCCUUUUCUACACUUUCUACACUCACUCAUUCCCUACAUUCAUAUACAUUCUACAAACCAUAUACCCCCUAUACACUCCUGCACCCUCAACAUCCCUACACCCUCAGCACCCCUACACCCUCAACAACUCCUAUACCCUCAACACACAUUACACCCUCAGCUCCCUCAUCCAUACACCUCAAAACCCCUAUACCCUCAAUACCCCUACACCUUAAUUAUCCAUACACUCUCAAACACCCUUACACUUACACCACUCAACACCCCUACACCCUCACACCCUUACACCUCAACACCCCCUACACCCUCAACCACCCCUACACCCUCAAACAACACCCUACACCCUCACACCCUCAACACCCGCUACACCCUCAAACACCCCUACACCGCUUCAACACCCCUACACCUCACACCCUACCCCUAACACCCCUUACACCCUCUCACCCUACACCCUCAACACCCCUCAACACCGCCUCACACCCCUACACCCUCAACCCUACACCCUCAACACCCACACCUCAACACCCCUACACCUCAACACCCUACACCCCUACACCCUCAACACCCCUACACCCUCAACACCCCUACACCCUCAACACCCCUACACCCUCAACACCCCCUACACCCUCAACCCUCAUACACCCUCAACACCCUACCCUCAACACCCUACACCCUCAAACACCCCUACACCCCUUCACAACCCCUACCCCUCACACCCCUACACCUCAAACACCCCUACACCCUCAACACCCUAUCACCCCUACACCCUCAACACCCCCUACACCCUCACACACCCCUACACCCCUCAAACAACUCCUACACCCUCAACACCCCCUACCCUUAACACCCCUACACCUCAGCACCCCUACACCCUUCAACCCCCUACACCCUCAGCACCCCUACACCCUCAAACACCCCUACACCCUCACCCCCUACACCUCAGCUACACCUCAACACCCCUACACCUCAACACCCCUACACCCUCAACACCCUACACCUCAAACACCCCUACACCCUCAACACCCCCUACACCUCAACCCCUACACCCUCAACACCGCCUCACACCUCAACACCCCUAACACCCUCAAACACCCUACACCCUCAACACCCACCCCUCAACACACCUACACCCUCAACAAACACCCCUACACCCUCACACCCCCUACACCCUUCAACACACACCCUAACACCCCACCCCCUACACUCUCAACACCCUACACCCUCAACACCCUACACCAUCAACCCACACCGCUACACCCUCACCACCCUCACACCUCAACACCCUCACAACCCUACACCCUCAAACCCCUACACCCUCAACACCCCUCCUACACCUCACACCCCUACACCCUCAACACCCCUACACUUCUCUUCCCUGGCUCCGAAAUGGCCGAGGGUUAUCACUGCCCAGGGGCUCGGACUCUCGUAGACAAGAGGUCAUGCAGUUCUUCCAGGAAUCAUGCAGCUGAUCGACAUUAUCAUACUGAUGGCCCGGCGACCGUGCUGAGCGUCGAGGGGCCAAGCACCUCGCCUUUGAGGCCCGUAGAGCAUCUUGGGUCAGAGCAGCAGCAGCGACGGCCCCACGGCAAGGCUUCCGAGGCCUUCGCUCCUGAAGACACGACGACAGCAACUUGCCACUCGAUGCGCAUCAUUUUUUAG